AUUCCGUGCACAAACCCCCCACAAAUCUGGAGCUGGCUUCGGAUGAAAGUGACUUUGAGCCUGAUGACGAUGAUGAGCCCUCCAGCGGAUCGGGCGGGCGAACCAAACUCACCCGGAAAGUGCUCGACCAACUGGAAGGCAAUCUGGCCCAAAGUCCGAGUGUGGGUCACGUCCAACAAUUGGCCAUGGCCUUCAAGGCCGCCUUAGGGACCCUCAAGACCGAAGGGGCCAUGGUGUCGCCUUUUAAGAUCGAAGGGGCUGCCAUGUUUAAUGCCGUGAUUCGGACUUGUCUCACCCAUAUGGCUCCGGCCUUGCAAGCCGUUCUCAGAGUCGAGGGCGAACUGAAGCCAUCCAAGUUGAUGAGAGCCAAAAAGUGGAAGCCUUUGAACAAAACCUUAAAGAUGUACACGGCCGAUGUUACGCUCUUCUUGACGGCCUUGUCCGAGUCGACUGUUCUGUGCGCUCUUUUGAAGCACAUCCACUUGAUGAUACCUUAUUUCGCGGCCUUGCCCAAGUCCGCCAAGCAACUCAUCACCCAGCUGAUCAAGUUAUGGAGCACGGGCGAGGAUGCCGUUCGUAUUUUGGCCUUCAUGUGUCUACUGAAAUUGACGCGAACGUCGCAGAGCUCGCUUUUCGAGCCCGUGGUCAAACACAUGUACAUGGCCUUUGUGCAGAAUGCUAAAUUCACCUCACCAAAUACAUGGCCCAUGAUCAACUUUAUGCGGCGGUCGUUGAGCGAAAUAUUUGGCUUGGACCCGAAAUCCGCUUAUACACAUGCCUUCGUGUAUAUUCGUCAACUUGGGAUCACGUUACGAAAUGCCAUGACUGUUCAGAAGAAGGAGUCAAUCCAGUCCGUUUAUAACUGGCAGUAUGUCCAUUCGCUGCACUUUUGGUGUCAUUUCCUCGGUUCCAAUCAUCCCAAUGAGGCUCUGGAGCCGCUCAUUUAUCCGUUGGUCCAGGUGUUGAAAGGAGCCAUCAAGUUGGUGUACGUGGCCAAGUACUAUCCACUUCGGUUCCACCUUUGUUCGAUGCUAAGUCGACUGGGUCACGAUACGGGCAAGUUCAUUCCUGUUCUGCCUUACUACUUGGACGUACUAAAUCGAUAUAACUUCAAUAAGAAGACUUCCAAAGUGUCCAUGAAGCCUGUGGACUUUGGUAACAUCCUACGGAUCUCAAAAUCUCAAAUGCUGGAAAAUGGCACGCAAGAUGCCACCUUGGAUCAUGUCUACAUGGGAAUUGGAGAGAAUCUACACUACCAGGCCCACAAGAUUGCUUUCCCCGAACUCACCUAUCCGGCUUUGGUUCAAAUGAGAGACUUUGUCAAGAAGUGCAAAGUGGCUAACCAUUGCAAAAAGAUCAAGCAGCUUAUGGACAAGAUUGAAGAGACGACCAAGGUUAUCACGCAAAGAAGAAAUAAUGCCACUUUCGGGCUGAAAGACGCGGAUGCCAUCAAGAACUGGGAGCAGGUCCUGGAAACUCAAGGCACACCUUUGGGCAAAUUCUUUACCUCGUUGCGGAAGACCAAAGACGAGCAAAAACUCAAGAUGACAACUGAACAAGAAAAACUCGACGACUACGACUUCAUCCCAAAACUGGACCGUAAGAAGGCCAAGCAAGGCAAUAAAGAGGAGUUCAAGGGUCUCCUUGGAGGCGACGACUCGGAUGACUCUGAUUUGGACGAUGAAGAACGCUUCAAGCUGAUAGAGGAUAGAGGAAAGAAGCGCAAGGCUUCAACCAAGGCCACUAAGAACGAGGAGGAUAGUGAGGAUGAAGAUGGUGAAGAAGACGAGAGCAAGGAAGAGGAGGGAGAGGGACCAGAUCAGGAAUCAGAAGAUGAUGACGUCGAGGAUGAAGUGGAAGAUUUCGACCUCAACGACCUCGAUUCAGACGAUGAAAAGCCUGCGCCCUCAAAGCGUGUCAAAGUGGAAGCAAAAAAUGAGGACGAUACCGACUCUGAGGAGGAAAGUGAUUGAAAACUAAUGAUGCAAUCAAUCUACCUGUGAACCUUUCUUCCACGAAUUACUAACAUUAAAUGAAAGAGGUGGGAGAAAUAAUGAAACAUUUGUACUGUUUGAUGAGGCAGCAUAAAUACUAUAGUAUGACGAUUUAUGAAUACGGUAUGAAUAUUGAACAACCAUUGGCUUGCCAACAAUUGAUCCCGUCAUGAGACGAAGUGGUCCAGAACAUCUUUGAAUAAACACUCUUCGGUUUUA